GGGGGGCGGUGGUGCAGGAGUGGCGCCGACGGCAGGAGAGCGCGUUCGCCCGAGUCCAGUCCAGUCAGUGCAGUGCAGUCGCUCGGUCAGUCGGUCCCCGCGCCACACGAUGACUACGGUGGAGGAGCUGUACCGUAACUACGGCAUCUUGGCGGACGCCACCGACAACGUGGGUCAGUAUAAAGAUUCCUAUCAGGCUAUCCUAGAUGGGGUGAAGAGCGGCGCAAAAGAAAAACGCCUGGCAGCACAAUUUAUUCCAAAGUUCUUUAAACAUUUUCCGGAAUUGGCAGAUAGUGCUAUCAACGCUCAAUUGGAUCUUUGUGAAGAUGAAGAUCUUUCUAUUCGUCGCCAAGCCAUUAAGGAGCUGCCUCAAUUUGCAACCGGAGAAAAUCUUCCCAGAGUUGCAGAUAUAUUAACACAGCUUUUACAAACUGAUGAUAAUGCUGAAUUCAAUUUGGUUAAUAAUGCAUUAAUAUCCAUAUUCAAGAUCGAUGCCAAAGGAACCUUAGGGGGCCUUUUCACACAGAUAAUGCAAGGUGAAGAUAUUGUGAGAGAGCGUGCCAUAAAAUUCCUUUCCACAAAACUAAAGGCCCUACCAGAGGAAGUAAUGACUAAAGAAGUGGAAGAAUACAUCUUUGUCGAGUCUAAAAAGGUUCUUGAUGAUGUUACAGGAGAGGAGUUUGUCUUGUUUAUGAAGAUUCUCUCUGGCCUGAAAAACCUUCAGACAGUAAGUGGCCGACAACAGCUGGUAGAGCUGGUGGCUGAGCAGGCAGAUUUGGAGCAGGUGUUUAAUUCUUCGGACCCAGACUCCGUGGACAGGCUUCUGCAGUGCACAAGACAAGCAGUGCCACUUUUUUCAAAAAAUGUACAUUCAACCAAGUUUGUCACAUAUUUUUGUGAACAAGUGCUGCCAAAUCUAAGCUCCCUCACAAGUCCAGUGGAAGGACUUGACAUUCAGUUAGAGGUUUUAAAGUUACUGGCAGAAAUGACACCUUUCUGUGGCGAUAUGGAAAAGCUAGAAAGCAACCUGAAACAGUUAUUUGAAAAAUUGCUGGAAUAUAUGCCACUGCCCCCAGAAGAAGCAGAAAACGGAGAAAAUGCAGGAAAUGAAGAGCCCAAGUUGCAGUUCAGUUAUGUGGAGUGUCUACUUUUUGGCUUCCAUCAACUUGGGAAGAAACUUCCUGACUUCCUGACAGCCAAGCUCAAUGCAGAUAGAUUGAAGGACUUCAAAAUCAGAUUGCAGUAUUUUGCUCGAGGUUUGCAAGUUUAUAUUCGGCAGCUUCGUCUUGCUCUGCAAGGGAAAACAGGAGAAGCUUUGAAAACUGAAGAGAACAAGAUUAAAGUUGUUGCACUAAAGAUAACAAAUAACAUCAACGUUCUUAUCAAGGAUUUGUUCCACAACCCUCCCUCUUAUAAAAGCACAAUCACCCUUUCCUGGAAGCCUGUACAGAAAGUGGAAGGAGGGCAAAAGCGAAUGGCUAGUGAGGAAAAUGCUUCUUCAUCCCCUCCCAAGAAACAGUCUCCAAUACAAAAACGGGACACCAGACAGAUUUACAAUCCACCAAGUGGCAAAUACAGUGGCAACCUUGGAAACUUUCCAUAUGAACAAAGAGGUGGCUUUCGUGGAGGAAGAGGCCGAGGCUGGGGAGGCCGGGGGAAUCGGAGCAGGGGGCGACUGUAUUAGAACUGACAGCUCUUUCACCUAGGAUGUUUUGCAGUAGUUACUGUGUGAAAAUAUGUCGAAGAGAUCUUUACAGAGCACCUGCAAGAACUGCCAGUAGCCUUCAAAGGAGGAUUCUGUAUUUAAACAAGCCUCAUUUCUAAAGAUACCUUUGUACAUUUCAACCUGUGUUUAUAAGUGGGAAUGUGAAGCUGUUUUCGCAAACCCACUCUUGUUCUAAAAUUUGCUUUUUAUUUCCUUUCCUUUGUUUUAUACGGCUCUUCUGUUUAUAAUUAGACUUGUGGGAUUUUUCAAAACAGAAGCACAGCAACAAUAGACAUUCCAAAAUCCAUCUUUGCAAAGCACCGUGGUAAAAAUUAGAUUGUGGUAGGAAAGUACAUAAAUGGUAUCAUUUUACCGUAGCGUAUUGUGUGACUUGACUGUUUCCUACUCACGAGUGAUAUGAAACUCUCACAUGUGGUCCUUUUGUGGUCAGGACUACUCUGGAAGCCAGUUCGUAGUUUUCACGCUGCUCUGGGUUUUUUUUUAGUGCUUGUGAAUUCCUGUUGCGCCAUGAAAGUAAAUCGGCAAGAGAAAGGAUGUGACUUUGGAUUUGACAUGCAUGAGUAAACUUGCUAUGUUGGAUUCGGCAGCACGAGCUUUACUCAGUUAUUGGAGCUGUUGCUGUUCUGACUGAAUUAAAUGUGUUUUUCCUCCCAUCAGACAAGCAAUCUAAUGUGAAGCCCUUUUUCAGUGCCAGAGACAUCGGGUGGCAUGUGCAUUAAAACAAAUUUCCCUUUUUUUAAAAAAGAACUUUUAACUUCCCUCUCCCACCCUAUUGAGAAAAUCCAGUGCUUCUGCUUGGCACCUGCUGUGACGUGCCAGCAAAAGCUGAGGAGCUAAUUUUCUGGAAGGUAUUGAUGCAAAUCAGUACUAUUUGCAGUGUGGUGUAGCUUUAGUAACUAAAGGGAGUGUGGGGAGUAGUGUUUGUGUAGAACAUGGCACUAGGGGCAUGCGUCCCAUUUUGUGCAAAAAAAGAUGAACAACUCUUGACAGAGUUUGGGGGAGAAAAAGUUUAAAUAUCAUUGCCCUGUUGGGAACAAUGACAUUUAAACAUAAGUUACAUCUGAAGUGCAAUAUUAUAUUCCAGUACUAAAAUACAAUAUUCAUGCAAACUUGCAGUUUUUCGUAGUUUGCAUGUGUUAAGUACUGAGAUACUAAAGUACUCGAUUCCAGAUAACAAGUGGUGACGUACAAUGAUUUGCUUCAUCUCAAAUCUCUGUGUGCAGUCCCCCCUUUGAUCCCUAUUUUGUUUUCUACCCUAGUUAAUCCCCUCUUGUGUUUAUGAUAAUAUCAGUCCACUGUGAUAACACCUAAAGAAAUCGUUUCAGUUUAAUGUCCAGUGCCCAACAGUCAUCAUGUAACUUCUCUGUGCAGCUACUGUGGUUCCCUGGUGUGCACCCACUCCUAAUAAUCCGAAUGCAGGAGUCAAAUCUUUUUCUUGUGUAACUAUUUUAGCCGUAAUCUAUUCCAGAUAGUGAACUAAUGAUAUGUAUUAAUCUUUGGCUGAGCCUUACAUAUGAUUGACCAUAAAUAAGUAGCAUGAAAUGUUUUGUUUCAUUGAUCAAAUUUUCACUAGGAGUAGCUUGACACUCAAUUUAGAAGUUCUGGCUGAAUAAUGUCUUGUAGGUAUUGCACUUUAGAUUUGAUUUGUUAGUCAGGAAAUAGCCCUGGUGCGAAAACAGCAAAUUAUGUUCCUUAAUUAGUUAUUUUGAUUGAAUUGUCGAAGGAGAUCAGAGAUGGAGUCUGUCCCUUCUCUAAGCUAACCUGAGUUUUGUAACAUUUUACAUCAGGAAUUCAUUAUUGCUAUUUGUUCACAUUAGGAUUGGUUCCAAUUAAACCUAUAGCGCACGCUCACAGAUAUAAUUGUAAGCAUAUUGCUAGUGUCAUUCCCAUCACCACUACAUUAUACUAAGUUUUACAAAUUUAAAAGGUAUAGAUAUAGAAAUUUAGAAGCAUUGAGGAAUGGAUGGAUUGUAAAGUAAAUCACAAAUUCAAUUUUCAUUUUACUGUUGCAGCUUUUCACUCAAAUGCCUUUGCUGUAUUAGAGGCUUGUACUUUCUGUUUGACAAUAUGUCAUUAUAAAUUAAUCAUAAAAUACAAUCCCAGCAUCACGUGAGUCGUACAUUUAGUUUCCUACCCAAAAAAGUCAGAUAAAUGGCUAAAUGAUAAUAGUUUCUUGGUCCCAAAUAAUCCUAAAUCCUACGUAAAUCCUCUCCUAACUCAUAAUGCUGAUACAGCACUUACUGCAGCAUUGAAAUACCACGUGUGCAGUUUUCAUUUGAAACAAGUGCAGAAAACGGAAGUCUUGACCCAUCAUGUGCACUUACAAGCUGCAGUGAAGCAGUAGCACCAAGUACAGUACAGUGUACUACGUUUAAAUAAACGUGGAAAACAACGUCUUGACCCAUCGUGGCAUCAGGCAUUACAGGUACAACUAAACGUAAGUUAGUGAGAUAAUUUUGUAUAAGUCGUAUAUAAUAUAUACUUUGCGCAAGUCAUAUUAAAUGUUAAGGUCCCGACUGUUCCUGAAUCCUCGUACAGGUAAACCCUGUACGAGGAUUCAGAAACUCCAGCGUUCUUUGUGCACAAAGUUGUUUCACUCAUUUAAUGCAAUGGAGGAAACCCAGAGGUACUUUCCCUUUGGAACCUAAUGUGAAUUGGUACGUGCAAAACUCAAUUCAACCCUUUGAUACUGUUCCCCAAUACUUUCCUAAUGUGAANUUUUUUUCUCUAUUUUAAUAUGUGCAUGUGUUGGUACAGUACUUCUUAUAAAAAUUCUUAUCCACUA